UCAUUUUAGUCUUUGGCUGAUGUGCAGUUGUCAAGUUGUUUGACUUUUUGUGAACCUUUUCCUUCUGAAGGUUUAUCAGAACUGUUUUCUGCUGAGCAAGCAGCAUUCAUUUGAAGAUCUAUCUUGUAGGUGCAUAGGUCAAAAAUCAGAUUUUGUUUUCCCUAGCAAAAUUCUUUCCUGUCUGCUUUUAGUAAUACACAGAAGCCAUCUCACCCCCUUAAUGGGAAUAUCUCAUUACAUUGAGUGGUAAUAAAUUGAUAAUUUAGUGUCAAUUAAAGCAGAACUGUAUUACUAAAAGAACAAAAGCAAACAAAAUCCCUAAAAGCCAGGGUCUUCUUUUGGUAAACUCCACAAACAUGAAGAAUUUCAUGGACUUCAGAGCCUGAAAUAUUUUUCUUUUAGCAGGCAGAGUUACAAGCAAAGCAGAAUUACAAGCUUUAAUUAGAGAAUGUAUAUACCAUUGUAUACUGUGUAACUGAUAGAUUUUUAUGAUACCACUGCAGGCAAACUAUUAGGAAAAUUUUUGUGCGGUUUCACAACUGGAUAAAAUCUUUUGGUAACAUGCUUCAAAUUGGGUUUAAUAAAAUGUGAGAGUUGAUCACUAAAGGUGGAUAGUUUUUUUGGGGGGAGUGCAUUGAUAUGCUUGGACCCAUAUUUACAGUGUUUUUUAAAAGAAAAGUAGUCAUUAAUACUUGACACUGAAUUUCAUGUGUUUUCUAGAUCCUCUGUAAGUGGGAGUUUGUGGUGGGCCAGUUAGUCUUGCUUAAUAAUGUGGUCCUUUUGUUUUAGAAAGUUCUUGCUCAGGUCUCUGCAAAGAACUUAAAGUAUUCAGCUAGGAUGAAUGGCUCUGGAGCUUGGAAAGUGUAUAUUUUCAUUAAUUUUUACUCAAUUUUUGUGGAAACUGUUCAUAUGUCUGUUUUUGCUUGUGUUCCUCAAAUUCUGGUACCCUGCCAAAAUCAAAUGCACAAAUGGACUGUGACAAUGACUUUGGCAUUGGCAGUAGCAGCAAUUUAAAAUGCCCAAAUUAGAUGAACUGGGAGGGAGGAGUAGGUUUCUCAUGGUUGCACUUUGGCUUCUAUGGCCUUGGAUAUACCACUGCAGAAUAUAAUAUAGACUAAAGAUGGUGUGAGAAAGGAGGUAACCUUUCCCAGACUUUUCCUGGAAAUUGCCAUUUAGCAGUAGAUCUUCUUCUUUCAUGGAUAAAUAGUAUUAACAAUCUUACCUGUUACUAGUGACAGUUUUAGUAGCAGUGUGUGCAAGAAUAGUUAAUAUGCAAUUAUUGUUCAAAUUGCCACUAAUGCAUUGUAAGAUGUUAUAUCAUAAAGCCAAGCAUGACUUCAGAAGGAUGCUCUAGGAAGGUGGUGAAUGGUCUUAUGUUAAAGCACUAUUUACUUUAACAAAGUGAAAUACUUGGAAUGUAGGUUUAUGUUGCUGCUUUCUUUUGUGUGAGUGAAGUCUUCAGUGAUGAUGUGGCCUUUUUUCUGAGACCCAGCCCCAUUUGCAUGUAAGACAUAGAACUAAGAUUUUAUUAACUUAAAUUUUUCUAUUCCUGAUAUAAAUUAUAUAAGUUGCAAAAUUGUUUUGGUGUUUUCUCAGGUGUUAUACAUGUAGUUUGGAAUUGUGCUACUUAAUCUCUAUAGGCCAUUACUGUUCGGAAGGAUUUGGUAUUUUUUGUCACAAUCCUGGUGUAAAGCUGUUUUUGUUGCUAAAAAUGCAUCUAGGACAUGUACCAGAGGUGUGGACAGUCUUUUGAUUUGUUGAGCUGCAUACCAACACUUUCUUUUGAAGGCUGCAAGGUGUAUAUCAACCACAUGCUUUGGAGAGCAGAGAGGAGGAACAGGAGCCAAUGAAGUCAAGAGCACCACAGCUACAUUUGGAAUACAGAUUCUACAAGCAGCUAGGAUCUGGAGAUGGAAUACCUCAGGUCUACUAUUUUGGCCCAUGUGGCAAAUAUAAUGCCAUGGUGCUAGAACUACUGGGACCUAGCUUGGAAGAUUUAUUUGACUUGUGCGAUAGGACAUUUUCUCUUAAAACUGUUCUUAUGAUAGCCAUACAGUUGAUUUCUCGUAUGGAAUAUGUCCAUUCAAAGAACUUGAUUUACAGAGAUGUAAAACCUGAGAACUUCUUAAUAGGACGACCUGGAAACAAAACCCAGCAAAUUAUUCAUAUUAUAGAUUUUGGUUUGGCAAAGGAGUAUAUAGAUCCAGAAACAAAGAAGCACAUACCAUAUCGAGAACACAAGAGCCUUACAGGAACAGCUAGAUACAUGAGUAUAAAUACACAUUUAGGAAAAGAGCAAAGUAGAAGAGAUGAUUUGGAAGCUUUAGGUCAUAUGUUUAUGUAUUUUCUCAGAGGAAGCCUUCCAUGGCAAGGUUUAAAGGCUGAUACAUUAAAAGAACGUUAUCAGAAAAUUGGAGACACAAAACGAGCAACACCUAUAGAAGUAUUGUGUGAAAACUUCCCAGAGGAAAUGGCUACAUAUCUACGUUAUGUAAGAAGGCUAGAUUUUUUUGAAAAGCCGGACUAUGACUACUUACGAAAGCUGUUCACAGACUUACUUGAUCGGAAGGGCUAUAUGUUUGAUUAUGAAUAUGACUGGACUGGCAAACAGUUGCCUACUCCAGUGAGUUCAAUUCAUUCAGACCCUGCGCUAUCAUCAAACAGAGAAGCACAUCAGCACAGAGAUAAGAUACAACAAUCCAAAAAUCAGUCAACAGAUCAUAAGGCAGCUUGGGACUCCCAGCAAGCCAAUCCACAUCACUUGAGAGCUCACUUAGCAGCUGACAGACAUGGUGGCUCGGUACAGGUAGUAAGCUCAACAAAUGGAGAAUUGAACACAGAUGACCCAACUGCAGGCCGUUCAAAUGCACCCAUCACAGCUCCUGCAGAAGUAGAAGUCAUGGAUGAAACAAACUGCCAGAAAGUGUUGAACAUGUGUUAUGUAACUCUUAGAGCAGCUCUGGUCUGCCUCUGCCCACUGCUACUUUUUCAGUGACUGAGCAACAGGGUGCCCUUGGAUAUUUUGA